CGAGUAGAUAAAUAAGUGAAUGGAGUGAAUGAGUCAACGAGUGAAUAAAGGGAUAAAUGGGGCCCUUACUGCACCAGACCUGCGUUUGUUGAAAACGUUCUCGCCCAAGGUUUUUCUGCUCACGGCACCCGCGGAAAACUUUGUGUUAUCUUUCUUUUCGCCCUGGGCUUUGAUAAAAAGGAAAUGAAAGACAAUUCAAUUUCUUUAUUCGUAGAAACCCAAAAGGUGAUGGACACUGACCAAUUUCCUUUUGUAACAUUGUAACAUCGCACUUGGAUGACCAUAGACAAAAUGUGACCAGGCCAGACCAACGUGUGGCCCGUGUCUCUAUGCAGGACUUAUGGAAUGCACUUUCUUACUCGGGAAGACUCCGGCAUCAAAGCGCAAGAAACCGCAUUCAGAGGUAGAGAUCCUGGAAGCCCGUCUGGAAACAAUCGAAUCCACAUAUUCAGAACGACUGAGUCAGAUGGAGUCUCUGCUGAGCAAAGUCAUGCCUACACCAGGCAAUGGACAGAAUCCUAGCAACGACAACGGCGAAGGCUCCUCAACCUCCGCAGCCAAAGCUGCAGCUGCAGCGGUGGCAGCAAGUCGGGCGAUGAAGGAUAUGGGGAUCAACACCAAUAUCGGGCUUGAAAUGUCCUCGAAUGAUGACGGGUGGAUGGACAUCAACUCGCCUCAAGAAAUCCCCGGAGGCCGCUUCGACACACAAUGGGAUCGCAGCUUUAUGAAUACAAGCACAUCUACGUCUGUGGACCCAUCAGCGACACCAACCAUGUCAAAUAUGAAAGGGGGCUCAUCGAUAUCGGGAACUCCACGGCUACCGUUUUUGAAGGAGGAGUCAGAAGGUAACCCUCUAUUUACACCGGAGUUCCAGUCUACGAGGUCCGCAAAAUCGCCUGCGUCGUCUUUUGCAGCAUCAUAUACCUCAACAGUCGAUCAUAUGCAGGAGGAGAGCGAUGGGGAUGAUGAAAGCGAUUUGGGCGAGCUCGCCGCAACCAUGGACAAGCUUAGGGUCUUUGAUGCGUCUGUUUACUUUGGCAAGGGAUCGAUGCUCUUCACCUCAACAGAUCAGAAUCAAUUUUGGGAUGAGGAGAUCUCAUUUGAUGUGCACGAUGCCCAUAAUGUCGCUAUUCCGCCGGAUGCAUUUGUGAUUCCACCGAUCAAGGUCAUUGACGCUCUUUUCGACAUCUAUUACCAGCACUACUAUGUGUUCCUGCCAAUGAUUCAGAAAACGACUCUGCUCCAAGCGUUAGAGGAUCGAUUUGAGCCGCAGAGUAUAUUUUUGUUAAACAGCGUCUUCAUGGCGGCAGCAUUAACAGGAGACUGCACCCAUCCAUCCUGCUUCACCAACCCAAACGACCCAAAGACGCUGGCAACGCCCUUCUUUGAGCGUGCACGGACAGUUCUGGACUACUGUAUCGGCAUCCCUAGACUCUCUACCGUGCAAGGACUAAUCAUGCUGUCACGAUAUCCAAGGAUCUCUGGAUUGGGUCACAGCUACAUGCAGCAGGCGAUCCUGAUGGCUUCUGAUCUGGGUCUUCACCGGAAAUGCGAUCGCUGGAUUCCGGAUAAGCAAGUACAGGAGGCCAGGAAACGGGUCUUUUGGUGUGUCUAUGGCGCGGACAGCUCGACCUCCUGUGUCACAGGACGAAGGCCCAUGAUUGACGACACGGAAAUUGAUGUGCCAAUGCUGGUACCGACGGAGGGCGACAGUGAGGCAGAGACGAUUCAGACGCUGUUCCUGGUAUGGAUAUGCAGGCUAUGGCGUAUCUUUAGGAACAUCAAGCGAUAUGUGUUCAAUGCGGCCGAAGUCCAGGAUAUGGUGCCGGGAAGUCUUCCAAAGAGCUACGAGCAGCAGUUAAUUCAGUGGCAACUUCAGCUUCCGGCAGCAUUGCGGUUCAGCUUCGAUAUGAAGGCGGAUAAUCCACGAACCAUGUACAAUUCCCGAGCCGGCAUUGUACAAAUGUUGUACGAAUCCGCACUGAUCCUCCUGCAUAAACCCUACCUCACCUCAUCCGAACAUCUCAAACGCUCGCCUUACCGGUCUCAGGACAUUUGCAUCAAGGCCGCGACCAAGAUCACCGAUAUUGCCAAAGUGAUAGCCCAGACCUACUGCAAAGCCUUUGAGCUGACGAGUGCAGGCGAGUACGCGUUAUUGAACGCGGUCCGAAUCCAUGCUAUGUUCUUGAAAUCGACCGACACCAAAGUUGCAGAAGCCGCUCAGAUGAACUUUGAUUACAUCAUGCGGUUCUUCCGCGAGUUCUAUUCCUCACCACGGGCUAAUUGCGACGAACAAAGCAUCAACUGUGUGCUUUCGUUUUUUGAUGAGUUUAUGCACACCGUCAAGGGACUCUCUCGUUCGAGCGUUCAUGUCUGUGCGGGCGCGAUCAAGAGCCUGGCGAUUGCAAAACGGAGCAGGAUCCCGACUGGCAGAGGUGGGGCCUAUAGCGCAGCCGCCAUCGCAGCAGCAUCAGCAGCAGCAUCUGGGAGCUAUGGGCAGGAUACGCAUGGAGAAUUGAGUGCGGACGAUCAUCGCAACAUUAGUCGACUGGUCAAGAUUGGUCGUGAGGAACGCGCGAAGGCGCGUAGCAGCUCUGUGACCUCGCCUCCACCACUGUCGAUGCGGGACACUCCACGGAAACGACACAGCCAUACGCAACAUGAGGGGCAACAGCGACUCAAUCCUGGACAGUAUUUUCAGCAGCAGCAACAGCAGCAACAGCAACAGCAGCAGGAUUCAAUCGGGUCUCCGGCCUCGUUUCAGGAUACUGCAUCAAACCAUUCGAGGGAUAAUGCUGGGUAUUAUAACCCAGGAAAGUUGCAGAAGGUGUCGCAGUACAUUGGACCGUUCGGCGGGCCUCAGGUCAUGGAGAGUUUGAAGCAGUUUCAGACAACGGCGGCGAUCUUGAGCCAGCCUCCUGUUACGGGUAUGGAGAUACAGACGACGAAUGUCCUGUCAUCCACUGGAGAGAUUUACCAGCCGUUCUCGCAGCAACCCAUGACGAUGACGAUGCAACAACAAGCCCAGCAGCAACAGCAGGCUCAGCAGCAGCAGUUCAAUAUUCAGAACGCACAGCAGCAGCAGCAGCAGCAGCAACAGCAGGUGUUUAACCAGCUAGGACAACAGACCGGACUAUAUGACUCGUUCAAUCCAACAUUUUGGGGAGACAUGAACGCCAUGGCCAUUGGUUCAAGCACCAGCUUCUUGUUAGAUCCGCAGCUCAUGAACAACAACAAUUCCAAUACCUCUAAUGUCCUAUCCCCUGCAACCAACGUUGCAACCGCCACGGCUACCUCCACAGAUAUCAACACCGCCACCACCAACAACAAUAAUGCUAAUGGACUUUUGAAUGGAUUCCUGAACAAUGGCAUGUAUACCAACGCCGCUGGGAGCAUGUACAACACCCCAACACCCCAACAGCAACAGCAGCAGCAGCAUAUGACCGGCAGUGCCACCGAUACCUCUGGAAUCUUCAUGCCUUUGAAGAUGGAACCGACGGACGGUACAGGUCCCGGAGGUCCGAUAGAUGAGGAACUCAGUGCGGAUCAGGUGCAGGCGCUUUUGGAGCAGACCCUUGCGGCCGCGAACAAUACCCGUACCAACAACAACCCCAACAACCAUCUGAACAGUGGUAAUAAUGGUAAUAACAACAAUGGCGGCGGUAACAAUUAUCAGCAACAGCAGCAGCAACAGCAGCAGGCCUUCCGACAUCAGCUCAUGCCGAAUUUGACAGGACUCCAGGAUGACUUUCAUUCGACCAACUGGCCUGGCAUGAUGUGAGUAAGGACAACGACGAGAUAUAAAAAAAAGCAGCAUAGACUGAUGCAUUGUACCAUAGAACGAACGAACCCCAACGCGCCAUAAACGAUUAUUCUUGGUCUGCCACUCUGUGUCCCAGUUUAAUAC